GUUCCACGGACCGGCACCGGUCCGGGGACCGGGGGUUGGGAAUCACUGUCUUAGAGUAAGGAAAACACUGAAUGUGCAUGACAGGAGCUACUCCAGGAAUAGUGUGUAGUGUUUCAUGGAGAAAUCCAUCCAUCUAUCCAUUUUCUAUACUGCUUAUUCUACACAGGGUCACAGAGAACCUAGAGGAUAUCCCAGGAUUUGGGGCACAAGGCGGGGACACUCUGGAUAGGGUACCAACCCAUUGCAGGACACAAUCACACAGAUUCACAUGCUUUGGACUGAGAAAGAAACCGGAGAACCCACUAAAGAAAACCCCUGAAGCUCAAAGAGAACAUGCAAACUCUGUGCAUGCAGGGUGGAGGUGGGACUUUAAUUCCAACCAUUGGAGUUGCAAGGUAAACAUGCUUUAAGGGAAGCGUGCAAGAAAAGCAAAUUUCUUAUUAUUCAGGCUUUGUAUAUCUGCUGAACAUAAAAUAAAUAUUUCUCUUUGUAUUGCUUAGAAAUAGUUGUAAUAGUAGAAUUAGAAGGAGCCUUUAUUUUUCACAUAUAAAAGUGAACACAGUGAAAACAUAUCCCAGCUUUUUAGGAAGCAGAGAGGGUUAUUGGCUAUGAUCAAGUCAACAGCGUCUCUUUGCAGUGAAGAACAGAAAUUACUCUGAAAUAAAGAUAGAACCUGCAGCUCUUCCUCCGGGUCGCACGGGGGCGCACGUGCAGUUCUGUCUUUGCCCGAAAUAAAUGAAGAAAACGUUUGAUUUGUUUACUUUCCUGGUCGAGUUUGAAUAAUAUAACACAACGUAUAACUGGUUUGUGCAGCCCGGGGAAGAAGAGAGGAAAGAUGAUCCGCUCAAAGGACAAACAGCUGCAGCGUUUUCCAGCUGAGUCCCGAGCUGUGAUCCCGUCUCUGCUGUCUCUGUCCACACCUCCUCAUGUCCUGCACUCAGAUCCUCUCCUGCACAAAGUAACACGCAGUGGACCUCCUGGAGGACAUCCGUUUUCCUCUGCACAGACUGUUAGACCUGCAACUUCACAGGGCCUCCUCGGUCCAUACCCACUGCUGCAGCAUGCAGUGACCAUGCCACGACAACCUGAGAUGUCACCAUGUCAUGUGAAGCAGAUUCCCUCACCUUUUUUAUCAUCCGGAAUAGGCCGGUCUCUUCUCGGCGCCGCUCCGUUCCGUGUUCCCCUGAGGACCCCACGCAUGGCUUUUUUACCUGAACAUCACCAUGAGUCACAUGGAGCUUUUAUGAAUAAGAAAGGCUGUCUGCACAAUCUUCAGCGAAAGAGGCAAAACGAACAUGUUGCCAAAGAGAAAAGUAAUGGACAGAUGUGCAAAUACACAACAGAAGUAAAAACUUCAAAAGAGGGAAAGAAACUAAAAGCAUCAGUUGAAACUCAGGCCUCAUCCCCUGAACAGAAGGAUCAUGGAGCUGCUAAGAUGGUGGAAGAGUCUGAAGAUAUAGGUUCAGAGCAGAAAUCAGCAGAUUCAUCAACGAUGCGAGAGCAGGAAGUGCAUGCUUAUGCAGAGGAGGAAUGCCCAUCUGCUGAAGCUGACAAGGAAAUGGAGCAGAGCAGGACAGCAGAGGUGCUGGGUGUAGGCACAUCUCUUAAGGUGACCAUUCAGCGCAGCAGUGAGAGUCGAGCCUUCAGCACUAGGUCAGAGGAGGCAGCAGGCGCUGCAGGCCUGGCCUUGGAGAAAGACAUGAGCAUGACUGCAGACAAAUACUGCUGCUAUAUCUGCAAUGUCGCGUCUCCUGACCAACUUGACUUUCAGACUCACAUGAUCAGCUUGGGUCACCAGCAAAAGAUGAUGGAGAUUCAGCAUCUGAGCAACACCUGCCUGGCAACACUGCUACCCAAAAUGCACCAAUCACUGCAGGGCAAAUACAGAAACCUGCAGCGCUGGUGCACAAUCUGCCAGUGUCAUUUUACUGGUGAUCUUAUCGAACACAGAAGAACAAAGAAGCACAAGAUGGCGAAGGUCUCUUCCAGACCAUUCUGCACAGUGUGUGAGCGACACUUCAGAACUCCUCGCAAGUUUGUGGAGCACAUGAAGUCCUCAGAGCACAAACAGCAGGUUGAAGAGCUAAAAGAAGAAGGAGGACCUGAAGUCAUGGAGGAACUUAUAACAUUAGAUGCCAUAGGUUGCUUUGAAGAUGAAGAUGAGUAUGAGGAAGAAGGAGAGGAGGAGGAGGAAGAAACUGUGUCUGAACAGGUUAAUCCAGCAGAGAUCACUGAUGAUAAAGAGUAUGAUCCAGACACACAAUAUGGCACCAGCUUUGUAAUCCCUGUAGCAGGUUUCCUCUGUAAACUGUGCCAUAAGUUUUACCACUUUGAAUCCCGAGCUCGGGAGACACAUUGCAAGUCUCUCACACACUACCAGAACUUACAGGGUCACAUUUUAUAUCAAAUCUCAUAUUUACAGAAGUACAAGACGAUCCUGAACCUACCUCAGGAGGAUGAUGAGACCCCAGACAGCUACUUGGUUAAUAUUGAGAAUGUUGAGAACAGCAGUGGAUGCACUGCAGAGACGAAGGAAGAGAAGAACUAGAUGGCUUUCGUUACACUCCCAGCUGCUCCCAAAGACGCAGCACUCAAAAUCUCCCCACAAAAGUCCAAUCUCAAAACCACUGCCUGAAUCCUCAUCCACAAAACCCUAGUGUGGAUUUAAAGUGUCUGCUGAAAAUAUCUCAGAUUAUGGUUCUUCCAUACACAAAAAAGAAACCUCUUAGAAAGUCUAAUGAACCUAAUGAAGUCUCAGUGAUAUGCAUAUUAAUGCUAUAGUGCUGAUUCUGAAGAUCAGAAGCUGUAGUCUGUUACUCCUCUAAUGGAAUUAGUGCUUCAGUUUAUUCAACUUUCUAAUAGCAUGUGUGUGUGUGUGUGUGUGUGUGUGUGUGUGUG